AUGGCUGCACUGGUACAGACAAUCCCCCAGCAGUCUAGUACCAUCACCUUGCUGCAGCCUCGCCCAUCCUCCUCCACAGCUGCCUUUCCUUCAUCCUCACAUUCCGGUCUUCAACAAAUUCCACAAAUGGCUCGAAACCAUCAGGGGCCUACUAGGGCUUCACAUAAUAAUACCUUGGGAAAUGGCUCCGGUUAUAGGGCUUCACAGGCUGUCCAGCCAGUUGCUCCUUACGCCUUCACUAGCACCCCCAGUCUGACCAACACAGGCAAGAAUGCUUCCUCUCUCCUAAAGCCUGAAUAUAAAGCUGCGUCUACGCCCCAGACUCAAGCAAACCCAACUUUCCCAGGUGUAAUCCCUUCACGAGUGCAUUUCCCUGCUACUAGUUCGGUAUCCAGUUCUUCCACCAUUUCUUCCGUCACUUUGCACGGUUCGAAAGAUGACUCUGCCAUCCCCACGAGACAACGGACAGGGGAGCCUACGGCUCGCCCGCUAUCUUCACUUGGAUUUACUCUUCACUCAGUCUCUCCUUCGUCAACAUCUGCGUCCGCCAAACCCUCCCCAGAUCGCUACCGUCGAGGCCAACGACGUGUCGGGCAAACAAAUCAAGUCCAGAAUAGCCCAGGGAAUGCUUCAUCCUCUGUAACAAAUGGACUGUCACAUCCAAACCUUUCUCCUGGUACAAGUCAGAAUACCACAGGCCCACAUUAUUUCAGAGGUGCCAGUGUGGAUGAUGCAUUAUUAAUUGAAAAGCCUCAAUCCACAGAACUAGCCAAGCGAUAUAGACGUAGAAGCUUGGGCAGCUUGGACACAAAAGGCUUGACGAACUUUGCUCCGCCGAAAACAACAGAACCUACAGCUAGGUUAAACCCGGAGGAUUUAUCCAUGCCAGACAAUCUGCGAUGCCCACACUCAGCAAAUGCUCCUUCAGCUAAUGUUUACUCCCAUGCGCACAAGGGUAGCACUGAAAGUGUUGCAUCUACCAGAUCAUCUCCCCCAACUGGAAAACGAACUUCAUCCGCAGUUUCAUCACCUACCACACUAAAACUAGAUCACAAAUUCGUUGAUAAUCCGAAACGUCUCACGAAUCCUUCUCCUUUGUCUCAACCACUGAACAUGGGCUCUGAAGCUUCGAAAACAGAGCCCACAACUAAUUCCGCCUCCAAGCCAUCUGCUCCAGCCGAGGAACAGCACUCAUCACCUCCACAACUAAAUCUCCAGAGUCCAGCUACAAAGCGCUUGACAGAAUUAUCAAAAAGGGGAUUCCGCAAAUCUGGAAAGUCUGGACUACGAAGGGUACUGUCGUUUGGCAGCGCUGCCGAACUUCGAUCAGCGAGCGCAGCAACGCUAGAAGGCACCAAUGCAACCACCACUACCACAACAACACAACAGUUAGCCCGACCUGGUCAAGAAGUUUCACGAAAGCAACAACUUGACGAGGAGCUAGGUGCAGAGCAAGCUGCAAUUGCACAAAAACAAGAGGCCAAUGGACUGGGUGAAAGCAUAUAUUCCGGGCAGGGUCAUAUAUUUUCAGAAUCGAUGGAUAAUUUGUCUAUUUCUUCUACCGCGUCUUCUGCAUCAAUUAUGUUACGAAAGAUGGGCAAGGGCGUUAAAAGAUCAACUCGAUCACUUGUUGGGCUCUUCCGACCUAAAUCAACACUUGGUAAUUCUCGGGACCAAGCGUCUGUUGGAGCUAUGACUCCUCAGAUAUCGAUAGUAAAUGUGGAAGCUGAACGGGAAAAUACGACUUCGGCCAGCAAUAAUAUCAUGUCAGAGCAGGUUAAUAAGGAGCCCACAGCGGCGAUAAUCCCGGCAGCCCUGGCUCAGGAACGCCCUUCUGUUGAUACUGGUAGCACAGACACAGGAGGUGAUCAGAGCAGUGUUGACAGCCUCAAAACUGCACGUAAGAGCAUUCUGGGAGGGGAACGGGAGCGUGCUGAAGUCCUAGCAGCUGUAAGAAAGGGAAUUUUAAAAAGAUCUGGCACUGGCUCCAACACAUCAUCCCCUGUUGUCCGACCAGUUGAACCCCGCGGUUCCACUGAUAUUCCCACCUCCAACAUCCCACACUACAAUGACUCCUCCCCCCACUCCAGCGCCCCUAGUACACCAUGCGAAGACCGUCCUCCGCGCUCUGGACACCGACGAACCGACUCCAUCACGAUAGACGGCGAAGACUAUUUCCUCCCCGCUGGCCGCUUCAGCACAACAGACUCUUCAAGCGCGCCCACUUCCCCACAGCCGGCCACUGCAACCACAGAGUCAUCGGCAACGGUCCUCGUGAGGAAUAUCAGCUUCAGUCCUCGGAUACAGUUCCAUGACACGUGGCCAAGUGGGGAGUAUGAUCGACGUGGAGAGAUUGCGACGUGUAAUCGGCUCACGCCGCUCUUGGCACAGCAGAUUAAGGAAGAGCUUAAUACGUUUAAGAUGGAGAUGGAAGUGCACGAAUCUUCUAAAGUGUAUACACAUUUCUUCUGA